AGAUUUCGGUUCUGUCGGAUAAACUACAACCGCAAGCAACAUGUCGGGUCAAUGCGUUAUGAACUCAUGGCGUUGCUUUCAACAGAUACGGUUUCUUUCUCCUAAAUUUUACUUGCUACUCUCGUUUCCACUUUCGUGCAUUGACCCAGGUGGAUAAGGGGGUAGUUGGGUAUUUUUAAAUUUGGAGCUAAAAAUGGGGAGCGUAAUGCUUAUGCUUGAGUAUUAGUUAAGUGGUUGUUUUUCGUUAGGUAAAGUUAGGACUUAUUUUUAGAGAAAAUAUUAAAUUUGUUUCCAUACAAAAUAAGCGAAAUUUUAUACCUUGUAGGUUAGGUUUUUGUUUUAUGACAGUUUUUCAAAAUCUUUUUUCACGUAUUUAAAGCGUAUUUAAAGUAUAUAUUACAAUAAAUGUAUCAGUUAGAGCGGUAGACAAAGGAUAAAUGUCAAAGACAAUAGAGUUUAAGCGCUGGCGACUUUCAAAGGACAAAAUCUGUAUCGGAAAUGGGAUGAGACCGUGACAGGAGCUCAUGUACCAGCUAGGUAAAGCAGAUUGGGCAAGUCAUUCAGCUAAAAGACGUGUAUAGAAAGCUUACGAAAGCAAAAUAACAGAUUUAGAAGUAAUCGAAAUUAGCUAUACAGUAUACAAAAAACACUGACAUUUUAAACGGAAAGGGGCUGAAAAUUUGUAGUGAAGGAGUAUACAAGCUUAGCGUAGCUUAAAGAUUAUUGUAUAAACCGGAAAAUUUUAUUGCAAAGUAAUUGUUUGUUUGUUGUUACGCCUUGUUGCUUACCGGAACUCAGAUAGUGUACACGCGGUAUAUUAUUUUAAGUAGCGUUAGUACAACGGAUGUUUUUUGCUUUGGAGCAAUUACUAUUUCCUAUACAACGACCGCUACAUGUUUUACGUGUUUUUGGUAAACAGUUCGGCUUUUUUAAUCGCGUAGUUUGAAAUUUGUUGACGGUAUAUAUAUGCGUAUACGUGCUGUAAUAAUAUAUUUUUUUACUUUUAAUUCUUUACGUAACUUUUGAUUGCGAAAUUACUUACAGAUGAUACAUGUUAUAUGUUGAUUUUAAUUACCCAUACGCAAAAAAUAAUAACCAAUCAGAAGGCAAAAAUCGUAACAAAAAUUUAACGUAAAUUAAUCAACCAUCAAAGAACGAGUCAAAUCACAACUCCGAGCCGGAAAUGCAGCAGCAUAUCUCCGCCACGGCGGACUGUUUGUCCCGAGGUCCCCAUAAACCUCAAAUACACCCACACAACAGCAGCUUGGCAUCAAACGAUUCCAAUCCAGUGGCCCUGCCAUCGGUUUCCGGGGCCAUAUGGGCAAGACCAAACAACAGGGUUAACGCGCAGUUGCCAGCGGACAGUCGCCCUUCAAUCGGCAAGACAAUAGACCCCAGCAGUCAUACAAUGCAUUACGAUAGCUCGAAAUCGUUUUCUACUUUCCAUUAUCCUGACACCACAUCUCGUUUGAACUACGGACAGCAUUCACACUGCACAUAUUCAAGCCCAACAGCCCCGGUAACUUGGUUCGACCCGAAACUUAGCACCGCUGUUCAAAGCGACGGAAACUCCCAUUUAAAUCAAGGGGUCAAGCAGAGGACUCGUAACAGAUCGACUUUACCGGUGGAUUAUAGUAGAAAGAGAUCUUUGUCAGUGACCACGCCGCACAAUGAAACGCCUACGCCACGAAAACGUCGCAGCCUCGGCAGCGUCGCCGGACAUUUUGACAAAAUGGCGUUGGGCGCCGAAAACGCGGCGACGAUGGAUUCAGGGCGAAAAGUCCAAACAAGCGACCACCAUGAUACGAAGGAGUUGGAAGUAUUCGUACCGUCAGAGCUAAGUUCUUGGACGAACUCUCACGUUGUACAAUGGUUAACAUGGGUGGUUCACGAAUACAAGUUACAGAAAGUGGAUUGUAGUCGAUUUAAAGGAAUAACUGGAAUCGACUUGAGCAAGAUGACGGUAAAAGACUUCAAGAAUCUUACUUCGACAGAGAAAGAUGCGGAUGUCUUUUUCAGCCAUCUGCAAUAUUUAAAAGGAAAUCGAAAGCCAGCGUCACCGAAGGCAGGCAACGGCGCUAAAACAAAGUCGGGUCAAGCGUUGUCGUCCAAGCUUGAAGAUACAUACACACUUCUUGGCCCGCUUUGCACGAAACUAAGCAAGCAAGGCGGUGGUCAGAUCCAACUGUGGCAGUUUCUUCUCGAGUUAUUGAGCGAUCCAGCGAACGCAACUUGCAUUACAUGGGAGGGAACGAGUGGAGAGUUUAAAAUGGUGGAUCCAGAUGAGGUGGCUCGUAGAUGGGGGGAGAGGAAAAGCAAACCUAACAUGAACUAUGAUAAACUAAGUCGAGCAUUGCGAUACUACUAUGAUAAGAACAUAAUGACGAAGGUUCACGGCAAGAGAUACGCUUACAAGUUCGACUUCCAUGGUCUCGCACAAGCUAUACAAAUAACGAACAGCCCAGAACGGUUCGGAUAUACAUACGGACAAACUCCAGCUGGUCUCCCCUCAUACAACGAAGCAAUCCACCAAAUCAACAUGAUCCAACCAUUAAUGGACGACAAAACUACCCCGUGGUUUGCCGCUGUUGGCAGACACGUUGCGACAUCUGGCGGUGCAAACGAUUACCUAACAAAUACGUUCGGUGGCGCUACAGGAUAUUUCUCUCAAACAGCUGAAAUUCCGCAUGAACAUCAUAGCUCGCCGUAUUCAAUAUCUUCGCAUAUACAAAGUCGGCCGUAUUACCACCAGUAUUCAUCUAAUUUUUACCCAAACCAAGAUUAUCAAUCCAGUCCUAAUUAUUACCCGUACUAUAACAGGACGCAUUCAGGCCCCAUGUCAAUGCAGUUGACUUAUAAUUCUUCGUUAGAUUCUGGGGUUACAAAUCAGAUUGGAAUGUACUAAAGCGUAUUUUGUACAUCGUGAAUAAAAUGUAACAUAUA